CCAGAUUCGAGUAGAUACAUACAUACAUCCCAACAAUACACGAUUGCCGCGUACGGUAUGAAGCAAUGCCUCGUUACCAUUUUGAGGAUCAAGGACCCCUAAAAAUUUGCGACGGAAGGCACGAAAUCACCGAGAUAGGCGGGAAGAACAAGAAGGCAUCAACUCAACAACUAUCUCUCUCAUCUCUCCAACAUUCGCCGCCACAAAGCACAUCAUCCUCUUUCCCCUUCUUUGAUCUUCCCCGUGAGCUCCGAGACCAGAUCUAUCACUACGUAUGGCUGGGAAAAUGCAUGAUACUCACAGAAAGCCAUGUGAAAUUUCAUGUUGACUACAUGCGGAAGCAACCACGAGACAUAUCAACCUCAACAUGCCAUAACUCCAAUGCGCUGGGCUGGAUCCGUGCCAGCAAGCAGCUUCGAUGCGAAUCUUUCUGCCAGUUCUACAAGUAUGCUCAUUGCACCAGUUUCAGCCAGUUUCCCGGAAACAACAACAUCGUAGGGCUCAUUCCAAUAUACUGGUUUGGUAAGGUACAGAGAAUGGAUUUAUUCAUGAAAGUGACUUUCCAUUUCGACAACAUCGAAGGGGAGCGCGAUCGGAAGCGCUUCACAAUCCGCCCAAAGCUGGACUUACUUAUAUCCCACCUCCAAACCCUCCGGUUACAGUCCCAGCCUUUACCGUUCAAAGAAGUCAACCUAAAGGUCUCACUGCGAAACAUUCCAUCAUUCUACGUGCCAGGAACCAUGAAUUUGGAACCCGGAUGCUGUGUCGAUUUCUCUAGCCUCCUGGUUUUUGGGACAGGGAUGGAGCGGGUUGGAAUUGUUAUUGGGUAUCCGGGCUUGCACAUGAUGAUUCCACGAUAUAAUAGGACGAUUAUUACGAUUAAUUGGGGGAAUGAGACAAGUGGGAGGGUUACUGUGAGGAAUACGGUUGUGCCGAGACUGCAGUUGGAGUUGGCUAGAGUCGGGAAGUUAAUGGUUGGAGGGGAGGAUGAGGAUGUGGAAGAGAUGUCGCAGAUGGGCUGGACGGAGGAAGAGAGAGAGGAUGUUUGGAGUUGGUACUUGGAGGUGCGCCGAGACGUUCUAAUACAACCAACAAUAGUUGCUCCAAGAGCUUAA